AUGGAGCAAGAUGCACUAGAUUCAACCAAAAAUGUUUUAUAUCAGCUGAAUGUGCAUAUUAAGUCUAGCAUCAUUAAUUGCAGCCUUGCUGACAAUCUGUUUUGCAGGAAAGUGAUCCCUAUUCUAUUUCUUACAUUAUUUGCUGCUAUCGAUGGUGGAGGUCUAUCUCCAAAGAAUCGCAAAUUAUGUGCUUUGGGACUGUUUUUCGGCGCUAUUGGCGAUGUCAUAAUAGGCGUCAGUAAAGAGGGACUGAUUCCUGGAGCUCUUGCAUUUGGAAUAGGACAUUUCUUUUAUAUGUCACAAUUUCUCUCCCGUCCUUUGAAGAUCUUCUGGCCACUUUUGUACAUCAUUACGGCUUGGGGCUCAAUAAUUGGAGUUUUUGUUAUGCUCCCGGCUGCCUCUGAACAUCCGAUAGCAGUUUCUAUCAUGGUCACAUAUUCGCUGAUCCUCUCGUCAUGUCUUGUCAUUACCGGUUCUCAUUACAUCAAUCGAAAAACGGGUGAUGAAGAUAAAGGUCUCUACUUACGAUUCAUCGGCUACGCAUUAUUCUACACUUCUGAUUCCGUGCUGGUUUUGGCUGAUGUUGGAUUUAGGGUUCCAUUUGCUGAAGUAAUAAUUUUGAGUACAUAUUAUGCUGCACAAUACCUCAUUUUGUGCGGCAAUAUCCACUCAGGUCUUUAUGUGAAGGCUAAACAUGCCUAA